AUGAAUAUCCUAAAUGAUGCUUAUUUAGGCGCUGUUACGGCCAUUUCAUUCUCUUUAGAUUCGAAAUACGUUGUCUAUGGUGGUUCUGGAACAUUUAUUCAUAUCUGCGAAAACAAAUCCUUCCAGAAGGUGAAUAAAUCCAAACUGUGCGUUUUUGGAAACAAAGAGUUCGUAUUGUUCGAUUGGGACGCCCUCGAGUCCAAUGAAUUCGCCCCCUGCGAACCUGAAUACAAAAUGACCGGUUUUAUCGAUUGGAUUUGGGACAUUGCAUUUAUGGACAGUCCUGCCGAUCGUCUCCCCUCUCUCCUGAUAGGCACAGCCCACAACACCGUCAUCCAGUGGAAUCCAAACACGAACACAGCCGAUCACUUCUAUUACGGUCACGACCGCUGCAUCCUGUACAGCAUGUCCAUUCUCCCUCUGCACGGCGACUUCCUCAUCGCUUCCGGUACCGUCUUCACCGAAGUCCACGUCUGGCGUCUCUCCGCACCGGAGCACACCCUCGUCUGUCGCCAGCACGCGGGAGUGAUCUUCAAACUGCGCUGGAGCGAGGACGGUCGCUACCUUCUCUCCGUCUCGGACGAUCGCUCUCUGAUCGUCUGGCGGCACUCUUCCUCCACGCAGCCAUGGAAUUCCAUCGAACCCACCUCCAUCGACGCCCUCCUCCAAGGCUCCUAUUCCCCGUUUCUCCGCCUCUACGGCCAUCGCGCGCGUCUCUGGGACUGCCUCUUCGUUUCCACGUUUCUCCUUUCCACGUCGGAAGACUGCUCGGUUCGGCUGUGGAAUGAAAAAGGCGUCUGCGUGGCGGUUUUGGAGGGACACAAAGGGAAACAUGUGUGGUGCGCGGCGUUUGAUUCGAGGAGCGGAAUCGCGGUUACCGGCGGGAACGACGGUGCGGUGAAGAUCUGGGACAUUCCCACGAUCACGAGCACUGCCGAGUCGUCCGUGCGGAGUUUCGUGAUUCCGUCGAUGGCGAAGGAAGACGCGGAAUUCGAUCGAAAAGCGGUGCGAACCAGCAAAUCCGAGUGCAUUCGCGCUCUCUGCAUCUCCGAGGAUGGCGAGCAGAUUUUGAUAGCGAGCAAUUGGGGCUAUAUUUGGAGUCUUGACCCGAAUUCGGGACUUUUUUCGACCCUUUUUUCCCCGGCAGAACAUGGGUUUGUUUCCACGUUGGCGCUGAGCCAAGACGGGAAAAUGGCCGCGUCGGGCGAUUAUAGCGGGGAACUGCGGAUCGUGUCGGUGGACCAGCGCUUUCCCGCGAUUACAGAGAAGAUCGGGACGAUCCGAAUCGGACGCAUUUCGUUCCACGAAUUCGACGAAACGCAUUGGCUGCUGUGUGUCGUUGCGGCGAACGGCCAUAUCACGCUUCUUUUGUUAGAGAAAACGCAGGGGGUGCUGUCUCGUUGGGCGGAAUGCGACUUCGAAACGAAAGGAGCGAUCACGUCGACUCUGUGGAUUCCGGAGCAUCGCGUUCUCUGUGCUGGCGACAGUGUUGGAGGCGUGCAGCUCAUGAAAAUGGUGGGAUCCCACGAGGCGCGCUAUCUUCGAAAAUGUCACGCUUGUGCGCCUGUGUGCGCUCUCGUUCUCCACGAAAACAACACGUUGUGGACAGGCGGCCAUGACGGCAAGCUCGUUCCUUUACUCAUCGAUUGGGAUUCGUUUUCGAUCACACGCGACACAGCCAUUCCCAUUCCUCAUAUCAAACAAAUCUUCUCCAUCUGGUGGUCCCAGAACCACGAGCUCUGCGUCAGCGGCUUCCACGAGUCCGAGUAUCUCGUCUGGGACGUUUCCAACGCCUGCGAGGUCCUCUCCGUCCCCGCGGGAGGCUGGAAGCGCCCCUUCGCCUCGCACUCGGCCGCCUCGCACCCUUCCCACGGCUUCCUCUUCGCCUUCGCGGCGGCGAACGGGUUUUCGCGCGUCUCCGUGUUCCAGCGCAGCCAGCCGCAUAGUGCCCGGCUGAUCCCCGCGGUGAGCGCUCCCUCGCACGGCCGCGAAGUGAACGUGGUGCACUGGAUCGGCCCACUGGAGGGCGGCGGGCUGCUGGCGAGCGGCGGAGAGGACCGGAAGGUGCAGAUCUUGCGGGUGGAGAGAGGACGGUUCGGUCUGGAAUGCCGCGUGGUGCAUGCGUUCGAAACGCACUCGAGCUCGGUGCGAGGGCUGUGGAGCUUCGCAAAGCCGGGGGGAAAUGGAUAUGUGCUGCUGAGCUGCGGGGGACGAAACACGCUGUGCGUGUGGGAUGUGUCGAAGACCGGGUAG